AUGCAUUCCCAGACUCUCAACUUUGUACACAUAUCUUUGCUUAGCCUCAUUCACCGCCUGCUGUUUAGUCGCAUGCUUGUUAGGAAAAUCACACAUAGGGUUUCCGUAUCUUCCAGUGUUUACUCAAAAUACAGCACGAUGCCAAAAAAGAACAAAACGGGAAAAAGUAAACCUCAACUCCAAGAGACAUCACCCGGACCAGUUAAAAAAGUGAAAGACGGUGAAAUUGCAAUCGCAAUACAUGCCAAACCCGGCGCCAAACAAAAUGCAAUCACAGAUGUCUCAAGUGAAGCGGUGGGGGUCGCAAUUGCCGCACCACCGACAGACGGAGAAGCCAACGCGGAGCUCCUGCGCUAUUUAUCCAAAGUCCUGGAGUUGAGGAAGAGUGACAUAUCUUUAGAUAAGGGCUCCAAAUCCAGAGAAAAAAUGAUCAAGGUAACAGCUAGUGUCAGUCCAGAGGACAUUUUGGAGAGACUGAGAAGGGAGGUAAACCGGUGAGACCACUGUGAACGUUUAUACUAAAAUGGACUAACCAUGAAGCUAUGUGCCCAGUUAUUUUGUCACAGUUUACACUUUUAAAGCUUUUGGUGUAAUAGCUGAAUUUUUGGAUUUAAGUAUUCAGAUUCAUUCAAUAAAAAUAUGAUAUAAUUUU